AUGGUGUCCCCAUCCACCUCCGCCUCUGCAUGUAAUGAUAUUAAAUCAAAAGACUUUCUAUCCGAGGAGUCUGAAAUCUACGAUGACAUUGAACGUGACGAAGUCGAGGAGAUUGAAAAGGGCAAUGCUACCCAGACGAGAAGCGUCCACUUGUGGCGGGUGAUUGCAACGUUGGGGUUGAGCAUCACCGGUAUCUGCGUCACGGGAUGGUCCUACAUGAAGCUCCGCGAACAGGAGAAAGCCAACUUUGUAGACGCGUUCGAACAGUUUUCCACCACGGUUGGCCAAGCAGCCGUCGACGAAGUCCUGCGAAUACGAGAAGCGGCAAGGAGUUUUACAGAGACACUUCAAGCCACUGCCGAGUUGACCAACACAACUUGGCCAUACUAUGAUUACUACCACGGGCUAAAUGCCUUUGCGUCCGAGCAAGUUUCUGCCAAGAACAUGGAAAGCAUUGGCUAUCUGACUCGAGUUCGACAUGAUCAACGAGAAGCCUACCUAGACUUUCAGCGAACCCGACAUGAGGAAUGGGUGCAGGCAGGUCACAUGGACGCUUACGGCAACAUGGACAGGCUAUUUCCUGAUCUAUAUCAAGAUGAUAUCCUUGGAUUCAACAACACGGACUUUUCCGUCACUCCGUCUCCCGACAGGGAUGAGUACUAUCCUUUGGCAUACCGAUUUCCUCCUCCCAACAGUUACUUCAUUGUCAACUUUGACAUUAGCUCCAUCAACUACGACGACCUCUUUGCUUCCCUUUUGUCCAUGGGGAAUCAGACGUUGCUCUCCAAUAUCAACCCGUAUAUAGAUGGCGACGAGGCAGAAAAAGAGUACCACGCCCAGUUUCACGACCGACUUCCAGGAGACCGAUCGGAUUCCUCCUUUCCGCACUCCUUCCUCUUUCAUCCAGUGCAUGGACCCUCCUCCAAUGAUGGCGCCAAACCACCAAUUGUGGCAGUCGUGACCUAUCCCAUCGCCUGGGAUGCAUCCUUGCGACGCCUUCUUCCAGAUCAGGUCAAAGGUAUCAUUGCGGUCGCUCGAAACAAUUGCAAUCAAGCAGUAACAUAUGAGAUUGUGGGACAGAACGCUUACUUUAUGGCGUGGGAUGAUGUUCAUGAUCCAAAGUACGACCACCUCGAGCAUGUCGUGAACUUGGACUUUAGUGAUCAUCCCAGAAUGCACGAAACACCAGGUCAUUGCGUUUAUAAACUCAGCAUCUACCCAAGUGCAAGGUUUGAAGACGCUUACAAGUCGAGUACCCCGACUCUCUAUGUGGUGGUGGUGGGUUGCACCUUUGCCCUCAUGAUUAUCGUCUUUUUUGUCUAUGACGGUGUUGUGGAGCGUCGGAACCGAAAGAUUAUUCGGGACGCGGCACGAUCCAACGAGAUUGUCACCUCCAUGUUCCCCGGGGGGCUGCGAGACAAAAUCAUGAAGCAGAAAAUGGCAAAGGGAAGCUCCAACAAGUCUUGGAACAAAAAGUCAAAGCAACUGGCCAGUAUGCUGGAAACUCAACAUGGCACAGCUUCCUUGCGUCAAAUCCUCACCGUUGCGGAUUCCGAACCCUUAGCCGAGCACCAUACGGACACCACCAUUAUGUUUGCUGACAUUGUAGGCUUUACCAAAUGGUCGUCUACCCGAGAACCAGCACAAGUGUUCACUCUACUUGAGACUCUAUAUCGGGCCAUGGAUGCUUUGGCGCGUCAGAGAAAGAUUUUCAAGGUUGAAACAGUCGGCGAUUGCUAUGUCGCCAUAGCCGGCUUUCCCGACAAACAGGAUGAUCACGCUUCCAGAAUGUGCCGUUUUGGAGCCCAAUGCUUGAAGACGUUUUCUCGUGUGCUGUCGAUUUUGGCGGAUACGACUCUUCCUGGUCAAGACACUGCCACGCUGGAGUUGCGCGUGGGGAUACACAGCGGACCCGUUACCGCGGGCGUGUUGCGUGGCGAUCGCAGUAGAAUACAGCUCUUUGGAAAUACCAUGAACACGACAUCGCGUGUCGAAACUUGUGGGGUGGGUGGGAAAGUCCAUGUUUCAAAAGCCACCGCUGAUCUCCUUGUCGCGGAAGGUUGUGCCAGUUGGAUUCUUCGUCGAGAAGAUACCGUCCAUGCCAAGGGAUUGGGAGUCCUUCAGACGUAUUUCUUGAAAACGUCAACUUCCAAACGCCAAUGUAGUACCACAGUGGAACCUACUACUGCUGAUGAGAAGCAGGAAUGUUCACCAGUUCCAGAGGCGGAGAACCUAGUGGUAGAAAAGUGCCGGGCUGAUGAGGAUGGUCCUCGGGUUGAGGAACAAGAAGGAAACGUUUCGCUGAUUGAAAAGGGCAAGAGAUGGUUGCGACUGACGGAAGAAGAAGUCCCUGUGAUUGGCUUCGUCCCUAACGACUUCGACGAUGGCAGUGGCCUCUCGGUGUGA